AUUUUGAAGAAGAAGAAGAAUGAAAAAUCUUUCAAACUCUUUGGUUUAUUUAUAAAUUGUCAUAAUACUAAAUAAAUUUAAAAGUAGCGUUGAAUUAAUAUGUCUUUAUUCAAAUUGGAAUGCUUAAGAAGGUUUUACAUUUAAAUUUUGACAUUUACAAUUUUUAGGUUAUCCGAUUCAACAAUUUAUCUACAAUCGCCGUGUUAAAAAGAUGUGAACAUAGUUAAAGUUAACUUUCUCUGUGGAUGUGAUUUAGUUGUAGAAAAUGAGUGUUUUUAUUUAAUCAAAAUGAUAGGAACAGAUAUCAAUAAAGACUUUUGCCACUGGCUAGCCCACAUAAAGAUGUCUCGAUUAGUGAUCCUGGUUUUUGCUAUGCUUAUAUUUAUCCCACUUAUUAUGCACUUUUAUUUAUCUAAAGUGGAGAGAUCCUCAAUAAGCAUAUCCAGCAACUCUCACUUUGAUAUAUCAGAGGAUUUAAAUUUUAUACAAGAUUUCGAUGUUAAAGAUGGUGUGGAGGAGUUAAUUAGAAUUAGAGGGUCUGUUUUGAGUGAGUUAAGAGAUAUGGAGCAAAAAAGACAGAAAUUACUAGUGGAAAUUCAGGGCUAUACAAAGAAUAUUGAAGAGUUAAAGCAGGAGAUUUUUCAUUUACAAACCAACUUAAAUAGACUUAAAAUAUCUGUAGAACAAGCACAAGUUGCACAAAAAGAAGCUGUACAACAAAACACGCCAGAUUUAGCGUUACCCAAGAAAUUAACUGCAAAUUUCUUUCCAGAGAAAUUACCUUCAAUACCUAAGCAUUUAUCAAGGAACUGUAAAAUGUUUUCUUGCUUUGAUCACUCCCGUUGCUCUCUAACAUCAGGAUUCCCUGUUUACUUGUAUGAUCCUGAUCAACACCCAGUAAUGAAUUAUGGUUGGGACGUGGACGGUUUCCUUAAAACAACCCUAAAACAAACUUUGGGCUACAACCCCCAUCUAACGAGCAAACCUGAAGAGGCUUGUGUUUAUUUGGUUUUGGUUGGAGAGGCUCUCAGAGAUACCGGUGAUGUGAGUGAUAAUGUGGGGAAUCAGUUAAAUUUGCCACCUUUGGAUUCAACAGCUUUAAAGAGAUUGCCUUUUUGGGGUGGCGAUGGUAGGAACCAUGUGCUGUUGAAUUUGGCCAGAAGGGAUUUGACGGCUGGUUCUGGGGAUAUUUUUUCCAAUGUUGAUACAGGGAGAGCCAUUUUGGUGCAGUCGACAUUUAUGUGGCACCAAUUUCGUCCAGGCUUCGACCUGAUAGUAUCCCCAGUGCUGGGCCCCCCUGGGGGUGACGUUUGGCAAGAAUGCCCCUUCAUGGUGCCAAGUCGUCGAAAAUAUUUGCUAACGUUCCAAGGCGAAAUGAAAACAAACCACAAAUCCCCGUCGACGCCAAAUUACGCGCCGGACGAUUCGGAUUUGGCCAAGGAAACGCAAGAAUUGGACAAAUUCGUGUUGGAGCACCUAAAAGAUUUACAAAAAACUAACACCUCCGAUAAGUUUUUGUUCGAAUUCGAGUGCGUUUUGGCCAGUGACGACAACGUGAACGCGGCACCCCACGAUUGGGCCUUGUGUGGCACUGACAGUUCUAGACGGUCGGUACUGAAGGAAUCUACGUACGCGCUGAUUUUUGCUCCGGGAUCCCCCGAUUUAAUUACCACCACACUGUUGCAAGCCAGGAUUUACGAGGCGCUGAGAUCGGCUGCCAUUCCUGUUGUUUUGGGAGGGGAUCAAGUCACUUUGGCUUAUAAUGAGGUUAUCCAAUGGAGAAGAGUGGCAAUAUUCCUGCCAAAAGCCCGAAUAACGGAACUUCACUUUCUAUUGCGCGCAAUACCAGACGAAGACGUUCUGCUGUUUCGUCGUCAAGGGCGUCUGGUGUGGGAAAAGUACCUUGCUUCUGUACAAAGCACUCUGGACACUAUAGUGGCAGUGCUGCGCAAUCGCUUGAACAUCCCUGCUUUACCGGCCGAAACUUUUACGGCAGUUAGCGUGUUCAACGACACCUUCCAACCAAUCCAGGUGCCUGUUGCCGUCGACACGGAACAGGAAGAGAGUUUGGGUCCGCUGGAGCCUCCGUACAACAGUCCCGCCUACAGGCGGAACUACAGUUUGCCCCUGACGCAGGGUGCGGAGAUGUGGAACGAUUGGGGCGACCCCUUCAGACUGUACGCCGCACUUCCGAUGGAUCCGGUGUUGCCAUCCGAUGCCAAGUUUAUAGGCUCGGGGAGGGGGUUCAGGCCCAUCGGACAGGGAUCAGGAGGAGCCGGUAAAGAAUUCUCGGAGUCGUUGGGGGGAAACAACCCCCGCGAGCAAUUCACAGUGCUCCUAUUAACUUACGAGCGCGAGCAAGUGCUCAUAGACUCCAUAGCGCGCCUAAGGGGCCUGCCCUAUCUGAACUCCGUGGUGGUGGUGUGGAACUCCCCCCGACCCCCCAACGCCGAGCUAAGAUGGCCGGACAUCGGCAUCCCCGUGCACGUCAUAAAGGCGGCCAGGAACUCCCUGAACAACCGGUUCUUGCCUCUCGAUAUCCUUCAGACCGAGGCUAUUUUGUCGGUCGACGACGACGCCCACUUGAGGCACGACGAGAUAUUGUUCGGGUUUAGGGUGUGGAGGGAGCACAGAAGCAGGAUCGUGGGGUUCCCCGGGAGAUACCACGCUUUGGAUGUCAAUACAAAGAACACUUGGUUGUAUAACUCGAACUACAGCUGCGAGCUCAGCAUGGUUUUGACUGGAGCAGCGUUUUUGCACAGGCAUUACUUGCAUUUGUACUGGAAAUGGCUUCCACAAGCAAUAAGAGACAAAGUUGACGAAUACAUGAAUUGCGAGGAUAUUGCAAUGAACUUCUUAGUUAGUCACGUAACCAGACAGCCUCCUGUAAAAGUGACGUCCAGGUGGACAUUUAGAUGUCCUGGGUGUCCUCAAAGUCUUUCUGAAGACGAUACCCACUUCCAAGAAAGACAUAAAUGCAUUAACUUUUUUUCACAAGUUUUUGGUUAUACACCAUUACUGAACACUCAGUAUAGAGCAGACUCGAUAUUAUUUAAGACUCGAAUACCGCACGACAAACAGAAAUGUUUUAAGUUUAUUUAGUUUAAUUAAUCGAAUUAACAUGACUUUUAAUUUAUUUAUUGUAAAUAUUUUAUAGAUGUAUGUACCUACACGCAAAAUUAUUAUUGUGAUAUUUUAAUUGUGCCAUUUUAUAUUUUAAUAUUAUUUAAGUUUUUAUACAAAGAUUUGUUUGACCUGACUUUAAUUUGUAAAUAAUAAAGUAAAAAACAAAAA